UCCUGUAAUUCAAGUCAAACACAUGAUUAUUUACGGUUUUUAAAUCUGUUUUAUUUGGAUGUGUCUCUGUCAAGAGUAUGGCACAUCCUGCGUGUGGAACAAAGCUUACGGAUCGCAUUAAUUUUGGAAUGGCACUUGAAGGAGUACCGGAUAAUUUGGCACCUUUCGUUCAUGACUCCACAAGAAAACGCCAAGGAUUAGAAGAAGCUUUAAAACAAACUGAUGGAUCGAGUGAAACAAUUGUAAACACUCUUAGGGAAUACGUUUCAAUGAACACCACCUUAAAAAGCAUAUUACAGAAGGUCAAGAGUUUCUCCAGACUCAGAUUUAAAUGGUCUAACAUUAUGGAUGAUGAUGAAAAAACCGUAUCCGGUAAUGUAGAUGAAGAUAUGGCAUCCGUGAUGUUAGCAGCUGGAAUAUGGCACUUAGAGCAUGCUCAUCUUGUCAAUGAGAGCAUUAUAAAUGAAGAGGGGGCUGAAGAGAAAAUGAAACAAAGCCUGAAUUCCCUAAAGAUGGCAGCAAGUAUCUUUGAGACUGCAAAAUCUUGGGCAAGUCUAAUCCAAGGAAGCAAAGAUCUUACUGUUCCAAUACUGAGUGCAUUAUAUCUUCAGUCACUUGCUGAGGGACAGAGUGUCACCAUCAGAAGAGCUGUCAGUAAAAACCACAAGGCCUCCCUCAUCAGUGAACUCUGUCAUGAUGUAUCACAGAAGUAUAUUGCUGCAGCUGGAGAAAUUGAUGCUUCACAUCAUGAAGGACAAAAAUGGUCAACAUACUUAAGGUUUCAAGGUGAGACAUACAUGGCAUUAGCAAGGUGCUAUCAAGGUGUUCACCUGUUGGAGACUGAAGAAAAGUGUGGUGACUCUAUUGUGGUGUUAGGUGAGGGAUUCAAGCACCUAAGCCAAGCAACUCAUCUAUCUAAAGAAUAUGAUAAAAUUAAACCAAAAACCAAACUUCACUUGGCUGAAUCAGCACAAUUUGAAAAGGUUAAAAAGGUGUUAAAUGAAAAGAAAGCAAAGAGUGACAGAGAAAAUAACUUGAUAUAUCACCAAAAAUUGCCGGAGGAAUGCCCACCUCCCUUGGAUCCUAAAUGUGUGGUCCACGUGGCUGCUCUUGAACUACCAUCUGGAGAGGAUCUCACUCUGUUUUAUCGCUCAGAACCGUCACGGAGGCUUCAGACAUAACUCAACCCGAAGGAGAAGUGGAAGCGGGCGCGCCGGAUGCAGGUACAAGCUGACAACAUCGAUUAGCGUCGUGAUACUGAUCGUGUUUUUUCUCAGAUUUAUCUCCUUAGGAAGAAAUCUUAUGUUUUCUCUCAAAUCGCUGAUUACGACUUUCUCCAUUGUAAAAGUUUUUUAUGGAUGGUUGAGCGUUUUUUUUUUUAUUUAAGUUAGAGUGAUUAAUUAAUUAAGAUUAAGAGCCGCAGUUUAGAAUCCAUAAGGACGCAAUCCCUCUUCCCAUCCCGAAACGAACGAAAGAAGGACUAUAGGGUUUUUUUUGUUUUGUUUUUUUUUGUCCGGUUUUCUUUAAAAGACGGAAAAGGAAAAACUGACCCUGGGAACGAAGCUACUAAAAACGAGUUCAAUCCACGUCGCUUCUACACUAGUAUGUGAGCCUUCGAUUUUCCUGUUCAGGGGUGUUUAACGAAUGGAGCACGCUCGGAUUUAGUUCAACUCAUGCAGAGAAUUGUUAGUGAUUUUCCUUCAGAGUCAAUUUUCAUCUCAAAACCUUGUGAGGAAAAAUAUUGCGUCAGAGAAAACUGAACUGAGGUUAUUACGUCUUGCGAUCUUUCAAUCUUUGUAAUUAGAAAUCGAGUUCCAUAGCAGCCUUCUCAGUUAAUUUUUUCUGAACAGUUUGUUGUUAUCCGCGGUUUUAAUUAUUUUUGAAAAAUAGUUUUCAAAUAGAAAGACGGUCUUCAAACCUGUCUAAACUUGAAAAAAACUGUGAAAAAGGGUAAUUGGUUCGUUAAAUCCAGUUGGGAAAUAAGAGGGUAAACUCGAGAGCUCUUGAUCUGUCGAUUUUUAAUUUUUUUUUUUUCAUAGUAUAAUGUAAAUAAUACUUCAAUGUCGUUGCGCUUGGUCGGGAAACACAGCUUAAAAAGAAAGAUCCUGAAAUAUAUGAAUUCAAAAAACUGUUAACUGUUUUGAUGAUUUGAGGCACUUCUAGUUUACCAGUUUUGAAGUACUGAAGAACCAAACUGCAACCUUUUUCAAAAUACAUUAGCGUCCGUUAUGUUCUAUAUUACUUUAGUCUGACCGACUGCUAAACCUGGCUUUGCGAGCUUGGUUAAUCAUCCUAACGAACUAUGUAAAAAAGAGGCCUAUGCCCCAUACCUUUUCGUAUAAACUUCUCUUUGGGGUGUGAGCCCAUCUUUUAAUGAACCGGUAGUUAAAUCCUAAUCCUAACCGUUCGGAAGAAGAUCCGUCAACAGCGAUUUUUUCGAAUACCUUUUUGAUUCGUAAGUCGUCAAUAGUAUUGAGGAUUUAGUUAAAUAUAAUGGUAACAGAAAAUUGCUUUUCAAGUAAAGUACAAGUUUUUUUAGCCGAUAGAAGACUCCUAGCACUUAAGGUUAUUAUAAAAGCAGUAAAGUCUUAUUUUACUAGAAACAAGAGGAUAUGUAAAUACGUGAAGAAAUGGUCAGCUAUUAGCAUACGAAUCAACAGGUGGAAAGUCAUAUAUAAGAAUAGUUAUUUUAAUUUUUCCCUCUGUUUGCUUUUAAAAAGGACUGAACAAAUGACAAGUAAUUUCCUUUUAUCCAGGAUGCAUGUCCAUUUUGUUCAAUUUUCACUCUGUAAUGUUGAAAUAUCAGGUUGCUUUUCAAUAAACAUGUUUUAACGUUAGUGCUAA